CCCAAGACAAACAAGACACAGAAAGCGAAGUUCUCAAGAAGAGUCUAGCUACAAAAGACGAAAAGAUGAAGACUUUCACCCUCCUCAUCCUCUUUUCUGUGCUGGCUGCCUGCAUGUCUACAGGAGUACUGGAUAUCGCUGCUGACCCUGACACUGAUCCCGCAGCUGAUCCCGCAGCUGAUCCCGCAGCUGAUGCCGCCGCAGCCUCAGACUCUUCCUCUUCCUCUUCCUCUUCCUCUGAAUCAGACUCCGCAUCAGACUCUGCCUCGGAUUCCGCAUCCGACUCUGCCUCAGACUCUGAUUCUGCGUCUGAUUCCGCCUCCGACUCUGCCUCUGAUUCUUCCUCAUCUGAGUCCAACUCUAACAGUGUCGAAGCUACAGCUGCACCUGACCAUGUGAUGGUGAAGAGAUCUCUCGCCACGGCUCUGCUGAGGAGACACAGAAGAGCAGGGACACCAGCAGCAGACCUGACCCAAGUUCAGCUGGAGAGCCUGAGGGAGGUGUGCGAGCCCAACGUGGCCUGCGAACACAUGUCUGACACCGAUGGGAUCAUUGCGGCUUACACCGCAUACUACGGCCCCAUCCCUUUCUAAACGGCCUGCGAGAGAAGCUGCUUCUACAAGGACUCAAAGCUAAUCCAGAUUUCGAUGGAACAGAAAUGAGCUUUGCGGUAUUUGAACGGGUCUCACAACCUCACCUGCUUUGCACAGAGGUGUAGGGGAGAAAAAUAAACAGCUGUUUUGGCUUUUACCCUCGACAGCUCCAGAUUUUGCUUUUGCUGUAUGUUUUCACUGAAACCACUAGAGAGUUUCUGGUUUUGUAUCAAAGGUGACCGCAACCACAGUGACAAGUGUUUUAUGUAGUAGUCUAAAAAUAGCACGAGUAUCUCACUAUGUACAAGAUCUUUGUGGUGUGAUCAACCUAACAACUGUAUACUGUCACAGGGACUGUAAAAUGCCACUUCUGCUAAUGUAGGGUUUCUUUGUAGAGCUAUUUCGCUUUAUCUGCAUAGAUCAAGGAAUGGCACAUUAGUAGGCAAGCCAUAAACAUAUCGUUCAGUUAAUUUAGUUUUAAAUUAUUGUUGUUUUGUGAAGUUUAUGUUGUCUUGAAGGCUCAGUGCCGUCUUUCAUCACAAAGGUGCUAAAUCCUCCCUAUUUAACACUCAAAGAGAAGGGAGACAAAAAUCAUAAACUGUACUUUACUCAUUUAUAUUUGCUAGUUGAUCUAGGACUCUUCUCUUCGUGGAUAGUCUUUUUUUUUUUUUUUUUAAAUAUAUACAUAGCAUUUUUUAGUGACACAAUGAUAUGGAAAAUGCUU